CCACAACCCUUUCCCAAGCCCUAAACAAAAUCCUUCUCUUGACAUAAAUUUCAUUCCCUCUCCAAACCGAACGGACCGGACUCCAGUCUCCACUCGGACCACUCCCGACUGCACACUCGAGUCUUGACUGACUCCUCUCCCUUGCCGCCGCCCGCCCGCCCCCGGCCCUCUUACUUCUGGGUUCUGUCCUUCAUCAUCUGUAAACGCACUCACGCCAGGGCAAGAAAGAUUGAUACUCAAGCUUCCUUUUGAAUGGCGUCUUCAAUGAGUUUGCUGUGCCGAAGAAUAUGUCACUCUGUUCUUUGGUCUCGUCACCGACAACCCUUUUGCACAGGCACACUUUCUUCUGCAUCUGAAAUGCACUCUAAUGAUGCCACCAUCCAUUCUGACCUCGAAGAUCAACCCUCAUCACAAACAGAGACCACUCAACUAAGAAUGGUUUAUGACCGUCCACUAGAAAAUGGCUUAGAUAUUGGCGUUUAUAAGGCGAUAUUAUUGGGGCAAGUGGGUCAGAAUCCAGUUCAGAAGAGACUAAGGACUGGGAAAAUGGUGACACUAUUGUCAGUGGGGACUGGUGGCAUCCGAAACAAUAGGAGGCCAUUUGACAAUGAGGAGCCAAGAGACUAUGCAAAUAGGUGUGCUGUUCAAUGGCAUCGUGUUUCCAUAUAUCCGGACUGGUUAGGAAAUAUUGCCAUGAAGCAUGCUGGUCCAGGCUCCAUCUUAUACUUGGAGGGGAAUCUAGAGACCAAGAUUUUCACAGACCCAAUUACAGGUCUUGUUCGACGUGUAAGAGAGGUUGCAGUGCGUGGCAAUGGACGCAUUGUGUUUGUUGGAAAGGGUGAUGAUGAUCAACAAGGAGCUGAAGCAAAACUUAAAGGAGUUGGUUAUUACUGAGAGCAUGGAUGGAUCUCUAGAAUGCAAAAUUUAUUUGAAACUUUUCUUUCUAAGCUUUUAGUGCAAUUUUGUUUAACUGAAUUGGAUGCUGAAGAGUUAUGCAUGAAAAUGUCCCAUAGCAUCAACAAUGCAUCCUAUCUUUUGUUAACAGAAGUAAUUCCCAAUAACUGGUCUUUCUUGA